AUGGCUGCUAAAGUAGUUGAUGCCGUGUCCCUUAGCAGUAUUGUAGAUAGUAUUCCUAAAGAUGUGUACAGGGCAGAGGGGAUUGUUUUUAAAGAGGAGGCGGUAGGGGAGGAAGAGCAUGAAGGGAAACCCGAUGAGAGUGAAAGCGGUGACCUUCUGUUCGAGGAGAGAAUCGCACCUGGGCUGCUUCUCCACGGCGACUUGGCGCAGUACGUAGCAACAUUACGCACGCAGCCUGUGGCGUUUAGCGGCAAGUUCUCGGUGGACUCCAGAAGCGCAAGAGGACCGUGGACACCGGGGGACGUUAUCAACGUGGUCAGCGCUGACAUCGCCACCCCGGGACCGGUCACGUUGCCUGGAUCGCAGUCAGCAUCACCCGAGAUUUACGCAGGAGGAGGAGACGCAGCGGAGGCGGGGGACGGCACCAUGGCGCACGGUCAUCCGGACCUCGGUCACAUGUACGCGCCCCCUCACCCUCACUCCCAGCCUCACCCUUCCUAUUCCUGCAGCGGGGACAUGUACCAAGACCAGUCCGCAGGGGGCUACCUGGCGACGUCCACCUGUGCCGUGUCCUACCACCCGUCUCCGUCCUACAACUCUGUGCCCAAACCGACAGUAGACGGCGCCGCGCUGCUGUCCAUCAUGCCUGAGUACGGAGGCUUCUACCAGCAGAGCUGCCAGAGAGAUAUCCAGACGUCUUUCCCCGAGAGGAAAUCCCUCCCGUACCCGCUAGACUCCCUCAGGGUGCCCCCGCCACUCACGCCUCUCAACACCAUCAGAAACUUUACGCUCGGCGCGCCCUCGCCAGGCGUCGAGGGUCCAAUGGCCGCCGCUUUCCCGAGCCACCAGAACCUCCCUCUCAGGCCGAUCUUGAGACCCAGGAAGUACCCGAACCGUCCGAGCAAGACGCCCGUCCACCAGAGACCGUAUCCGUGCCCGGCGGAGAGCUGCGACCGCCGGUUCUCCAGGUCGGACGAGCUGAGCCGUCACCUGCGCAUCCACACCGGCCACAAACCCUUCCAGUGCCGCAUCUGCAUGAGGAACUUCAGCCGCAGCGACCACCUCACCACCCACAUCCGCACGCACACCGGAGAGAAACCCUUCUCCUGCGACCAGUGCGGGAGAAAGUUCGCCCGGAGUGACGAGAGGAGGAGGCACAUGAAGAUUCACCUCCGCCAGAAGGAGAAAAAGUCCUCUGCGUCCUAAUCCUCACCGCGCACGGCCCGAUGCUGCUGAAUGUAAACUUUUUGAACAUCAACUGGAUCCGCUCCUGCCUCAGUCUGCCUGCCAACAGAGCCCAAAAG